GAAACAUCGACCGACCACCACCGACUAUCGACAUCUUAUCGCCCGAUUGCUGAGAUUUACAUCAACAUUUCAUUUCGAUUGAACCCAGCCUAUUUUAUAAAAAAAAAAAAAACAAAGUAAAUAAUACAGUAGCAAAAUGAAGAAAAAGGUACUGCUAAUGGGCAAAAGCGGCUCCGGAAAGACGAGUAUGCGUUCUAUUAUAUUUGCCAACUAUAUAGCCCGUGAUACGACACGCCUGGGAGCAACAAUCGAUGUGGAGCAUUCGCAUGUGCGAUUCCUCGGCAAUCUUGUACUCAAUCUGUGGGACUGUGGCGGUCAGGAGGGAUUCAUGAAACAAUACUUUGCCCAGCAGAGAGACAACAUAUUUCGCAACGUCGAGGUGCUGAUCUAUGUGUUCGAUGUGGAGAGCCAGGAGAUGGAGCGGGAUGUGCACUAUUAUCAAAGCUGCCUCGAGGCUUUGCUGCAAAACUCGCCGGACGCGAAAAUCUUUUGUCUGGUCCACAAAAUGGACUUGGUGGCUGAAGAGCAUCGCGAGAAUGUAUUCAAGGAGCGUGAAGAGGAUCUCAUACGCUUGUCCAAGCCCGGGAAUGUCACAUGCUUCCGCACCAGCAUUUGGGAUGAGACUUUAUACAAAGCCUGGUCCUCCAUUGUCACCAUGUUGAUACCGAACGUGGCAGCGUUGGAGAACUCUUUGAGUCACUUUGCCAAUGUGAUUGAGGCGGACGAAGUGCUGUUGUUUGAGAAAGCAACGUUUCUGGUCAUCUCACAUUGCCAGAGCAAGAAAAACCGUGACUCGCAUCGAUUUGAAAAGGUGUCAAACAUCAUUAAGCAGUUCAAGCUGAGCUGCUCCAAGUUGGGCGCCAAGUUUCAAUCUAUGGAAGUGCGCAAUAAUGCGUUUGCCGCAUUUAUUGAUACCUUUACUAGCAACACAUAUGUCAUGGUGGUCAUGUCAGAUCCUACCUUACCGUCAGAAGCGACCUUAGUGAACAUACGCAAUGCACGCAAGUACUUUGAGGAGUUGGAGAAUCCAAAUAACAUUGCCAUGAACCAUCAAAACCAUAUGUUCCACUGAUGGGCUGUGACUGUCAUUAUCUUUUUGUUAAUGUUUGUUUUCUGGUACGAGAACAACUCGGUUUGUUGCUGUAAAUCGAAGCGCCCCGUGCGCUUUAAAAUCGUGUUGCUUCCCAUCAAAUAUAUAUAUAUUUACUAUAGCCAACAUCAUCUCCAUAUGUAUCGUACUAUUAUAAACGUUGAUUUUUCCUACAUUUAUAAGCCUUAAAGUUAAAUAUUCGUACCCUUAAGUUUAUAUACAGAACAGAAAACACAUUCAUGUAAAAACAAACUUGUCUUAUUACAAAAAUGCUAAAAAUUAAACAUAUUUAUACAUA